AAUUUUAAACGAAAUGGGCGUGUUGCUACCGUUGACAAUUUAAACAGUGUUAUUUACAAUUUAAUUUAAAAUUUGUCGUUAUAUUUCGAUUAAUAAAAUUUACUAGACACUAGUUUUAAUAAAUCAUCAAAAACGCUACAGCAACUCUGAAUCCGGGUCUGAUGGUAGGAUGUUCAGGGUCGGUUCACCUUGUCAGUAGCUCUAUCGUGAAAAAGCAAUUAUUUCCUGCAUUCCGUAUACCCUUCAAAGAUCACACCACAUUCCAAAAUGUCUCUUGACGAGCAAUUCCAAAAAGUCGCCACUUCAGUGAAGAACUGGAAGACCAGGCCAAGCGACAGCGAGAACCUGGCCCUCUACUCUCUUUACAAACAGGCCACAACCGGCGAUGUUAACAUCGCUGAACCCAGUGAAAUGAUCGCCAAGGCCAAGUUCAAGGCAUGGACUGGUCGCAAGGGUAUCUCACAAGACGAUGCCAAGAAACAGUACAUAGAAAUGGCUGAAAAAUUACAAUCUAAAUACGCUUAAACUUAAUAAUUAUAAUUGUAAGUUAGUUAGUCUACCGUCGUGUAACGAAAUGCAUGAAAUUCAAAAUUAGGAAUUCCUUCAACAUUCUCAUUUCCUUAUUGUUUUUUUUUCUCGAAAUUUAUA